AUGCAGAACAUGAAAUCGAAGUGGGCGUCGGCGCGCGAGGCAGAAGGACGCACAGGCAACGGUGGACCAGUGAGGCACCCAAAGCACUACACUAUCAUGAAGGACUACUGGAGAGAUGCGACUGGGAUGAACAACCGCCCUUAUUUAAGCACGGAAGAUUCAGACAUAAUCUUGACACGUGUGCGAACGCAGGGUGAGUGUGUCGAAGCUGGCUUGAGCGCUGUUGCCAAAGGGUUUAGUGAGGGAUUGGAGGCAAUAGGAAAGGGGCUUGCAUCCCAAACGGAGCUGCUUCGGGAGCAGAGCGAGCGUGCCCAUGCUCAGAACGAGCAAUUACUCAAGCAACUUCAGGCUCAAAGCGAGCAACUGUCCAUACAAAACGGUCAUAUCAGUGAGUUAUUAAACUUGCUUCAACGUAGUCGUUAG